AUGGGCGGCCCCGGUGCCGCGGGAGAGUCCAAGCCCCUGAGGCGGCCGGACGUCCGGGCGUCUGUUGGUGGCCCCUCCGUGGGGACGGAGGCGGCCGCGUCCUCUGGGGUGGUGGCCGAGGGGGAGAGGGGGGUCGCGGGGGGAGGUGAGCGUCCAGGGGAGGCGCGGAAGUCCCAGCCCACCUGCGAGGCCAAAAGGCUUGGCCCGGAGGAGGCGACAGGGCAAGGCUUGGGCUGGACGGGGCGGCUGGCCUGGUGCGGGCGCCCUGGCCACGGGGCCAGGGAGAAGCCAUGGAGCUUGGGCCAAAAGGGGGUGCGUGCCGAAGCGCUGCCGAGGCCCCUGCCUGGCCACCGAGAGCCACCCGCCCGCCCUGCCAAUCCACCUGCCCCGCCGGCAGCGCCCUCAAAACGCCGUGCGCCUCCUCCCCUUCCACCGCCGCUCAACCUGGGGACCCGCUCCGGCCUCAGCACCUCAGCACGCCGGCCUCCCGCGCUCCGGGCUCCCGGCUGCCACCGGGCCUGGCCACCGGGGUCCUGGAGACGUGCAAAAGGUUGGCCAGCUGCGUUGGCCGGGAAUCGAACCCGGGUCAACUGCUUGGAAGGCAGCUAUGCUCACCACUAUACCACCAACGCUGCACAGCCCGGGCCGCCCCCAGACGCACGCCCAGGGUUCGGCCCCGGCGUCUGCACCCGCUCUGGUCACCGCCUCUGGUCACCGCCUCGGCGGCCCAGCGCGCCUCGGCCCUGCCCCGACGACCCGCCCAUCCACAGCGCCGCGCUGCCGCACGGGCCAGCAGCGGCCGCCCGCCGUCCCACCCGCGCCAGCCCCACGCGGCUGGGCGGCUCCGUGGGCCCGCCCGCCUGCCAGCCAACCGCCUCUGGGGGGCGCUGGCGCCGCCCGGCCGCUCCUGGUACCACCCCCCACCCCCCACCCCCCUUUUGCCGGCCGGGAAACCCCGUCCCCCGAGAUCCGCGUCCUUCCGACCACGUGCUCGCCCCCGGCGUUCUCCACAGGGUGCUGGGGGAGGCCACAUCCCGCGCCCACGGAGGACCCGACACAACCGAGGCCCCCCCCCCCCCGGCCGGACCGGGCAGCGUCGAAUCACCGGGGAGCCCGGGGCGGCCGGCCACUCGUCAGGCGCCCUGGGCACGACGGAAGGCCCUGGCUGGACUGUGGCGAGCCCGCAGGCGCGCGGCCCCGACGCCGAGGAACGCAAAAGGGUGGCGGUGGUGGACGGGGAGCAGGCGGGCGGCCGUCGUGGCCCUGGCGGCCUCUGGCCGCACGCUGGAGGAAGGAGGACAAGUGCGCCGGAGGGGCCAGCGUUCGCACAGAGCGGGGGCGGCGCCCGCGGCGCCCAAAAAAGGACGUCUGGCCUCCCCGUCGGGGAAUCGAACCCCGGUCUCCCGCGUGACAGGCGGGGAUACUCACCACUAUACUAACGAGGACGGCGGCGGCCAUCCGGCCGCCCGACCCCUCUGCGCCUGCCUGCCCACGCCUACCCCUGCCCUCGACGCCCCGCCUUCCAUCGGCGCCCGCCGCCUGCCGCACCGGACCCGACCCCAAACCAACGUCGUCCGCCAUCCCAGCAGCCCCACUGCCCGACUCGGGGCGGACCCCGCACCCGGACGCCCGCCCAAUACUCCCCGGGCGCCGCGGCCUCUGGCCUGCCAGGCGGGGAUCGCGCGGGGAGAAGCCGCCCCACAGGACAAGCGAGGCUGCGACCAGGAGGACGGGCGCCCACGAAGGGCAGAGGCCGAGGAGGGCGAGGGGGAGGAGCGGGGGGUGGGGUGGGGCGGGGAGCUGCCAGAGAGGCGGGCCCGACGCCGCCCUCUGGGUGCGCGGUCGGGGCUGUGCGAGGGCGGAGGCGCCAGGCGAGUCGGCGGGCUGUGCUCCCGCUCGGCGGCGGCGCGCGUCCCCUCGCUGGCGCACACACGCCGCCGCCAGCCUGCGGCAGCCUUGGCGCCGGGUCCCAGCCAGGCGAGCGGCGACGCGCUCAGCCCCGUCGUCAGGAUGGCCGAGCGGUCUAAGGCGCUGCGUUCAGGCUCGUGCCCGCAUGAACAGUGCCUCGCUCUCAGAGCCGUGCGCCUCCGCCACCGGGAGCAGCCGGUGGCCCGCGCCGCCCACGAGCCUUUUCCACCUGGACGCCUUCCCCUGGCCACACCUGCCUGCCUCCGGCCGCGGACCCAGGUGGCCCAGCCACCUGCUGGCGGGCCCACCACGCGGCCCUGCCGUCAGUGGGCCUGGCCCAGGAGUCCAACCCGGCAUUAUUGCUCCUCCCCCGAGCGCUGGGCGGAAGGAAGCCCUGCAUCCCCAGGCCUCCCACCUGGGCGCCCCAAGCCCGGCCCGCCCGGCCAGAACCCGAGGACCCCAGCGCGCUCCCUCAACGCGCUCCCUGUCCGCCAGCUAGCCAGCAGCGCCUCCGCCAGCGCUCCUGCCUCUCCACCACCGGCCCGAGUUGGACCCCCAGGGAGAGCUCCCGGCCAGAGCUCAGACACCUCGCUUCGCUCUCCUGGCCUCAGCGGUACUCGGCGGCGCCCGCGGCGCUCGGGGGCCUCCAUGUCCUAUGCACGACACGCGUGCGGCGCGCACGAGCCCCCGCAGACACCCACCCCACCACCCACACACCCCCACCCACACUCCCGCCACUCCACGGCACCCCACGUGCGCACACACGGCCGCGGCUCCGUUCCCCAGCCCCGCGGGAUCGCGCCCACACGGCCCGGGCGGGAAAGCCAUCCGCCAAUGGGCCUUUGGGGUGGGCGGAGAGUAGCUGCCCAAGGGAACGGCGGCGCUCAGCGGCACCUGCCCCAGACGAUCGCCCGCGGUGGGUGGUGUUGGGGCUCUGGCCCGGCUUCCUCCGGCUCCUGGCUUCCGCGGGCGACCCCGGCAGGGCAGCGUCUGGCGGCGGCCCUGGACCAGGGAGAAAACGCAGGAGGAGCCUAG